AAAAUGAAAAAUUUCUUGCUCGGACAAGCAACCAUCAACGCCCAGGUAGCUUAGCUCUCCCGUUCCGCCAGGUGAGAGAGACCUAUAAAAGGGCCCCUUCUCCCCUAACUCCCACCAAUACCAACUACUCUCUCUCUCUCUCUCUCUCUCUCUCUCUCUCUAUUUUUUCUCUGUCUUCGAUUUCAUGCAAGGCAGUGCUAGGGUUUAGUGGUUUUUCAUCACCAUGGCUUUCCAGGCCAAGAAGCUUAUCAACGACCCCAACGAUGUGGUGACUGAGUUCAUUGAGGGUCUUGUAGAAACAUACCCUGGCCUGCAAUACUUGGAUGGUUUCCCUGAGGUGAAGGUUGUUUUACGUGCUGAUGUCACACCUGCAACAUACAACAAAGUUGCUAUUAUAUCAGGAGGUGGAAGCGGGCAUGAGCCUGCAAAUUCUGGAUUCGUUGGGGAAGGGAUGUUGACAGCAGCUAUCUGUGGAGAUAUUUUUUCUUCCCCACCUGUUGAUUCCAUUUUAGCUGGUAUUCGAGCUGUUACUGGUCCAAUGGGAUGUCUUCUUAUUGUGACGAAUUAUACUGGAGACCGCUUAAAUUUUGGUUUGGCUGCUGAGCAAGCAAAAUCUGAAGGUUAUAAAAUUGAGACUGUUAUUGUUGGAGAUGACUGUGCAUUGCCACCACGAGGCAUAGCUGGUCGCAGGGGUUUGGCAGGGACUAUUCUUGUUCAUAAGGUUGCUGGAGCUGCUGCUGCUGCUGGCCUCUCUCUUGCUGAUGUUGCUGCAGAAGCAAAACAAGCAUCUGAAAUGGUUGGCACAAUGGGUGUUGCAUUAUCAGUUUGUACACUGCCUGGUCGAGUUACAUCAGACCGGUUAGGCCCAGGAAAGAUGGAACUUGGUCUUGGAAUUCAUGGUGAACCUGGUGCUGCUGUGGCUGACCUUCAACCGGUGGAUGUUAUAGUUUCUCAUGUCUUAAAGCAGAUAUUGUCCACGGAGACUAACUACGUUCCUAUUACACGGGGUAGCAGAGUGGUUCUUAUGAUCAAUGGGUUAGGUGGCACUCCUCUGUCAGAAUUGAUGAUUGCAUCUGGGAAAGCAGUACCUAAGUUGCAAUUGGAACAUGGACUUGCUGUUGAUAGAGUGUAUACAGGAUCAUUUAUGACUUCUCUUGAUAUGGCAGGCUUUUCAAUUUCGAUCAUGAAAGCAGAUCAAACUGUUCUGCAACGUUUGGAUGCUCCAACUAAGGCUCCAUAUUGGCCUGUUGGUGUUGAUGGUAAUCAUCCACCUGCCAAAAUUCCCGUUCCUGUGCCUCCAUCUCGCUCAUUGAAGAGUGAAGAGCCAUUAGGUCGGCCACUGCAAUUGAAUCCACAAGGUCAGAUGCUUGAGGUGGCUAUUGAAGCAGCUGCAAAGGCAGUUAUUGAGAUUAAGGAUAGUUUGGAUGAAUGGGAUAGCAAAGUAGGUGAUGGCGACUGUGGGUCAACGAUGUAUAGAGGUGCAAAAGCAAUACUAGAUGACAUUAAAAAUUAUCCUCUGAAUGAUGCUGCUGAAACUGUGAAUGAAAUUGGAUCAAGUAUCAAAAGAGUAAUGGGAGGAACGAGCGGAAUCUUAUAUAAUAUAUUUUGUAAGGCAGCAUAUACUCAAUUAAAAGCAAGCACCCAGUCAGCUGCCAUGUCAAAAAAAUGGGCUGAAGCACUUGAAGCUGCCAUUGCUGCUGUCAGUAAAUAUGGGGGCGCUAGUGCUGGUUAUCGCACAUUGCUAGAUGCCCUUAUUCCUGCAUUAGCAGUUCUGCAGGAGAGGUUAAAUGCUGGUGAUGAUCCUACAACUGCUUUUCUCCUCUCAUCUGAAGCGGCAGUUGCCGGAGCUGAGUCAACUAUAAACAUGCAGGCACAGGCUGGACGUUCAUCUUAUGUGUCCGGAGAGAAGCUUGCUUCAGUUCCGGAUCCAGGUGCAAUGGCUGUGGCUUCUUGGUACAGAGCAGCAGCAUUGGCUGUUAAGGACAAAUACCAGGCUUCUUGAGCUGAACAAAUAUAUGUAGUUUUUCAUUGCAAUUUUCUGCUCCUUUUUAGCAGCAGAUACAAAAUGCAAAACCAACUAAUUUUUGUUUUUAUAAUUUUACUCACUAACAAAUUUAGGCUUUCCGCAUAUGCUGGUUUUGCAUGGUGCUGAGAAGUUUCACACCGCCUCCUUUUAUAUACAUGUCUUGAACUUUAUCUUUCAGAAAAAGAAAAAAAAAAAAAAAUUGUAACAUUCACAUAUUGAGAACACAUUCAGAAUAAUGUGAAUCAAAAUCUUAGCAUAUAUAUGAUAUAUGUCUGUACUUGUAAA